AUGGCGCAAAUUUCCCAAACGUCACAAGAUGAUUCGGACUCGACUGAUUUUACCGACAUCGCCCUGGCAACGGCAUCGUCAUUUAACCAUUCAGGUUUACCUGUGUUUUUUCCACUUGUAUCGGCGGGAAUCAUCAAGGCCGGCGUGGACAUCUACAGCUACAACGUCAGUGACGUUUGCAAGGUGGAAUUUUACCAGUACGCCGUGGACCUACAACAUAUGAAGGACUGGGCCCACCUACCGUUCCCCGUGCUUCUGCCGCACCUGACUGUGGACAUCUGUAUCCCUUCUGGCUGUGCGGAGGACGAUCUCACCACCAUCAUCAACACAUGUGCAGGACAACAGCAAGACAACAUCACCCUGUCAGGCAUCACGUGUCAGAGGGACAUGCAACUCGCCUACGAUGCUGCUGCCAUCUUCUCACUAAACAAACUGUACACCAAGUCCAUUUGGCGUAAUGGUAGCCGGGACAGUCUGAAGAAUGAUUCGGACCACCAAGCGGCAGCAACAUCCUCCGUCGACGACGACGUCGCGAUUAGUGUUCAAAGAUCGGCUUCUUUGAAACCGGGGGAUCAAUCAGUAAUUCAGAUGACACAGAAAAGGGAUGACUCUUCAGAGAAACGGACAGACAUCAAACUUGAGCCAAUCAGUGUGAUGUCCCUACCAGUCAGAAUGGAUUCCCAACAGAAUGAUCAACUUGACCCAAAUCAACUUGUCAGUUUGACACCAGGUGGCGUGGUCACUGACAUCCUCCUGUGUUUCUCCCUCCCAAAUAAUUUGGCGUCAGUUCUUGGAGGGGGCAGUGCAGACCAGCUACUCUUUCUCAGUGGCGUCCGGUUCCUCUCCAUCUGCUGGGUUGUCUUUGGCAACACCAUUAGCUUCAUACACAGAACACCUGAUGUGAUUGAAAAUGGCGUCACUCUCGUGGAAUUGGCUCAGUGUCCUUUAUUUCAAGCAAUAAUCAACAGUACCUUUGCUUCUGAUUCUUUCUUCAUUCUCAGUGGAACGUUGCUGUCUUACAAUUUUCUGCGGAAUGUUGACAAGAAAAAGUCGGCGGGGAAGGAGUUCAAAGUGACUCCCAAGUUUCUUCUGAUGUUCUAUAUCCAUCGUCUGUUGAGAAUAUUACCGUGUUACCUGGUGGUGUUGAUGAUUUUUGCCAACCUCAUGCCUUACAUGGGACGUGGACCUCGCUGGAAGUAUGUCACUACUGCCAUCAACCAGUGCAAGGACCACUGGUGGGCCAACGUCUUCUUCUUCAGCAACUUCUACAAGGCAGAUGAAAUGUGCAUGAGCUGGACAUUCUUCUUGGUGAAUGACACCCAGUUCUACCUCAUCUCCCCUCUCAUCCUCAUCCCUCUGGUCAGGUUACCUCCCCUUGGGUUUGUCCUGCUUGGCCUCCUAGUAGCAACACAGUUGGUAUCUGUCGGGAUCCUGAAUAACAAGAUCAACGGCAAUAUGUUGAGGAUGGACCAUGGCUACUUCUCCGAUGUAUACGCCAAGCCUUACUGCCGGGUGGGAGUAUUUGCCAUUGGAAUGGUGCUUGGGUACAUCUUGAACAGAACACCGAUGAUACUAGGCUGGCUGAUGUCGUUCUGCACGAUGGUGUUGGUGAUUUAUAUAACGUACUUAGAGAACAGAGUCGGAGGGAGGAAAUUUACUGCUGUGGAAGCAGGGGUCUAUGAGGCCCUUGCUCGUCCUGCCUGGGGACUGGCAUUAUCCUGGGUGAUCUUUGCCUGCUGUGUCGGACAAGGAGGAUUUAUUAACACAUUCCUGUCCUGGAACUACUUUUUCCCACUGUGCCGCAUCACCUUCGGGAUCUACCUCCUACAUCCCAUGGUCAUCAUGCUUGUGCGUGAUACAUCUCGCAGCCUCUUCCAUUUCUCGCCCUUUGGUCUGUGGCUGUUGUAUGUCCCUAUACUCGUGAUGGCUGCCAUGCUGGCACUGGUACUCAUCACCUGCGUACAACAGCCAUUCAUUACACUGGAGGCGCUCAUCAAGAACAUAGCAUCACACUAA